GAUUCACAAAUGACUUUGACGGCAUGCAGAAGCAGCUCCUGCUUGAUUUCGGAGUCAAGUACAAUGUAGUCCCACAGCCUGCAGGUGUCUCCCCCUGGAGAAGGCUGCAUAGCCCCUCGGCAUCAUGUGUGUUACGCUAGCAGAUGUUCACUUGCUCUUCAUGCUGCCUCUGAGACAGACCUCCUCUGAUUCUUUCAGCACUCUUAGCCACGACACACACAACAAUACAGCUACAUUUCUGCUGGCUGCAGCUGCUCUUGUAAUACACCAAGACGGGAUUUCAAAUAAAGAGGAAAAUGGGAGGAUGGCUGCAGCAUUUCCUUCACUGUUUCAGCAACAGAUUGGAAGAAGCUGAGAGUUUCUGUGACUGGAAAACCACAUUCUGAAUUGUGACGGGCUUUGAACUUCCCAGCCCCCCCAAAAACCCACAUUUGAUUUCUUUUCUCUGCAGGAGGGGGCGGGUUACCAUGAAGACAAACCGAAGAUGCAGAGCCCUCCUAGCAGUGAGUCUGAACCUGAUGGCUCUCCUCUUCUCCACCACAGCCUUUAUCACAACCCACUGGUGUGAAGGGACUCAGAGGGUCCCCAAGCCAAACUGUGGGAAAGACAAGAAGACAAAUUGCCUCAACUACAGUGGGAAUGAGACGGUCAAUGAGACAAACCAGAACGUGGUGCACUAUAGCUGGGAGACGGGGGAUGACCGCUUUCUCUUCCGGUAUUUCCACACUGGGAUCUGGUACUCCUGUGAGGAAAAUAUCGAUGCUGCUGGUGAAAAAUGUCGAAGUUUUAUUGACCUUGCCCCGGCUUCUGAGAAAGGUCUCUUGGGGAUGGUGGCUCAUAUGAUGUACACCCAAGUUUUCCAAGUGACAGUCAGCCUUGGACCAGAAGAUUGGAGACCACAUUCAUGGGACUAUGGCUGGUCCUUCUGUCUGGCGUGGGGUUCUUUCACCUGCUGCAUGGCUGCCUCAGUCACUACAUUGAACUCUUACACUAAGACUGUAAUUGAGUUCAGACACAAGCGCAAAAUCUUUGAGCAGGGCUUUCGAGAGGAGCAGACCUUCCUAGACCAGGAGGCAAUCAAGUACUUCAGAGAAAGGGCAGCGCAACACCCAGCUCUAAACGUUAUUAAAGUGAGAAGGACCAGGAGUGGCCACAAUGCUCAGAAAACAUCCCCAUGUUCUACAUCAAGCUCCUCCAGCGAUACAUCAACCAAUGCCUCGCUUUCAUCAGAGCCUGUCAGCCAGACCUCCAUGGGGCAGAACCCAGCCAUGCUGGAAGCCGGUCACGUCACUCGAUUGGCCCCAAGAGUAACAUCAAGACCUAGAACAUUGGAGCAAAUGAAUCCAAAACUAGCGGCACCAGGUUCCAGCCCAACCAAUCCAAGGCCAAAUACAUCAUCUCAUUCCGCCAGCCUCAGGCCUAAUCUAACAUCCAGCUCAGCCAAUCCACAGCAAGACCCAGAAUCCCAGGCAGGACUCAAUCUGACCUCCUCAUAUUCCUGUUGUCCUCACACAGCACAAACUCUACAAGCCUCACCAUCAGACCACACAGUGAUUCCAAGCAGGAAAAGCACAAGGCCUAAAGUGACAGCAAACCCCAGUGAUAGCUCGCAAUCUGCUGGCUACUCCAAUUCUGGGUCCACAGGAAGGAAUCUUGAACCGACUCAUGAAGAUCCCCUCUGUAAAAGCAGGAGAUUUGUAACCCUGAAGGAAUUCCAAGCCAUGGAGAGAGAACUGGAUGAUGUAAAAGAAGAACUGAAAUGCCUGAAGUGGAAGGUGAGACAUAUUGGUGAGACUGUGCCGCCUCGCGCAGAAGACAGCAAGCGUUACAAUGGCUAUACCCUGACUGAGCUUAAGGCAAUGGUGCAGUUUGAAAAUGACCCUUACAAAGCAGCACACAAAAUCCUAACUGCUCUCUUCAGUGAUGUGUACUUGCUGCAGCACUCUGUCACUGAACAGGCCUGCAAUUCGAACUCAGCCCCCAUGUCCAAGAUAGACCCAGAGCUGUACAUGGUGUAUUGUAACAUUCUGAAAAGCCUAUUCCCUGGAAUCAGCAGCCAAACCUUGAGAGAAAAGACACAGCAUGUGCAGAAAAGAAUCCAGAAAGAAGUCCAAUAAAACCAAGCAAAUCCAGCAUCUACGGAGGCCCAGGAACCCUGCAUUCUGUACAGAUUUCAGAGCACUGAAUUGUGACAUUGUAUGUUACCUCUAUCUGUAAAUGCUUGGUGAGCUCUGAGUCUGUCAUGUUACCUUUUCCUGAGGAGACAGGCCAGGAAGACUUUCUGUGCAGCUUCACAUUUGAAAGAAAAUGCCCCCUUAGAACUUUUUUCGACAUAUUGAUGUUCCUUUGGUUCCAGCAGCAGCAAAUGCUAACAAAAUAAGCCAAAGAAGGCACUGUGUGUGAGGGAAAGGGCCUCCUCUCAUGGCUCCAUGGAACACGGCUCUCAUCUGGAUCCCAGCACCCAGCUAGUUUCUAUUUUCUAUAGUGCAUCAUUCAU